CUAUCUCCGCUCCAUUUAAGCCACAAAUCCGCUUUCACUUUCAGACCCUAAAAAACGAGGCCCCGAAUUCCUGAGAUUACCUGUUUCGUACUAUCGGAUUGGUAGCCGGAUAGGAUUUUGUAAAGUGAAUAAGCCCUAAUUUCGGCUAUGGAGACUGAAAACCCAUCCAAUUUCAGUUACAUGGGGCGGAAUUUCAGCGAUCUCAGUAUCGGCGACAGCUCCUCUGCUUUCAGUGACUGCAACAGUGACAGAUCCGGCGAGUUCCAAACGGCGUCGUCUCAGAGCCGGCGGCUCCUGAUUGCCUGCGCUUCGGACAACUCCGACGAUCUGAUACGUCAGCUGGUCGGCGUCCUCGAGUCCGGUUCGAUUGAAGAGCAGAAGCAAGCGGCGAUGGAGAUCAGGCUCCUCGCCAAAAACAAAUCGGAAAACCGCCUCAAAAUCGCGGAAUACGGAGCGAUACGGCCGUUGAUUUCGCUCUUGUCUUCCUCCGAUCUCCAGCUCCAGGAGUACGGCGUCACGGCGAUUCUGAACCUCUCGCUCUGCGACGAGAACAAGGAGCUCAUAGCUUCGUCGGGAGCAAUCAAGCCUCUGGUCCGAGCGCUCAAGACCGGAAAUCCAACCACGAAAGAGAACGCCGCGUGCGCUCUGCUCCGUCUAUCUCAAAUAGAAGAGAACAAAGUCGCAAUCGGACGGUCGGGAGCGCUUCCGCUGCUGGUGAAUCUUCUAGAGAACGGCGGAAUUCGCGGCAAGAAGGACGCGUCGACGGCUCUGUAUUCUCUAUGCUCGGUAAAAGAGAACAAAAUCAGAGCCGUUCAGGCCGGGAUCAUGAAGCCGUUGGUGGAAUUGAUGGCGGAUUUCAGUUCAAACAUGGUGGACAAGUCGGCAUACGUGCUGAGCGUGCUGGUUUCGGUGCCGGAGGCUCGAACGGCGUUGGUGGAGGAAGGCGGGAUUCCGGUGCUGGUGGAAAUCGUGGAGGUUGGGUCGCAGAGGCAGAAGGAGAUAUCGGUGGCGAUAUUGCUGCAGCUGUGCGAGAAUAACGCGGCCCACCGUAACCUGGUGGCCCGCGAAGGAGCGAUACCUCCCCUGGUGGCUCUGUCUCAGUCCGGCACUAAUCGCGCCAAGCAAAAGGCGGAGACAUUGACAGAGCUUCUACGGCAACCGAGAUCCGGCAACGUCGCUGCACGAGCGUGAAGAUGAUGUGCUAGUGUAAAUUCCCAUUCUGCCCCCUCAUGGCUCCCUUUUGCCAUGCCCAUACCAUGUAAGAUUUGUACUCACACAAAAAGGAAAAUACGAGGAGAAGAAAAAAUCAGAGAACGAAAACUUGUAAAUAUCUUUGUGACGGGAGCAUGUUGUAAAAUUUGUGAUAAAGUAUUGGAAUUGAGCUGAUGAGUUUGGUUUUGCCUU